AAGGCGCCUAUGUGAAAUACUCCACAGGUGGAGGGUUCGGCUUUUACCCAAAUGUCAACAUCAGCUGCAUUGAUGUUUUACCAGUGGCUUGCAACAGAGUUGAGAUAUCAGGGUUGAUGCACCCUAAUGUGGGGGUCGAGUUCUAUAAUGGUGUAUAUGAUAGGUCUAUAACAUCUAAGAAUAGACCAGGUUAUACCAGAAGUGAUGGUUACAGCUUGUAUUACAGUCUCCCUGCUGGGAUGUGGUUUAUCAGUGACACUUUACACUCUCCCAAUGCGCAUAUUUUUGUACAAGAUUCUACACUUCUGCCACAAGAUAUCCACAACACAUGGCAGUUCCUCGCAACUAGAGAUGUCAAGGAAAAUUUGACGCCACU